AUGUCGAUUCGCACAUUAAGAAUCGGCCUUAUCCCCGGCGAUGGCAUCGGCAAAGAAGUCAUCCCUGCAGGUCGCCGGAUCCUCGAGGCGCUGCCCUCCUACCUCAACCUCCGGUUCGACUUUGUCAACCUUGGGGCCGGCUUCGAGACGUUUGAGCAGACAGGCACUGCCUUGCCCGAAGCCACCGUCGAUGUUCUCCGCAAUGAGUGCGACGGAGCCCUCUUCGGCGCCGUCAGCUCUCCGACACAUGCUGUCAGGGGCUAUUCAUCCCCCAUCGUCGCCCUCCGCAAGCGCCUCGACCUCUACGCCAAUGUUCGCCCCGUCAAGUCCGUCAUGAGCGCCUCCAAGCCUAUAGACAUGGUCAUUGUUCGCGAGAACACCGAGGACCUUUACGUGAAGCAGGAGAAGAUGUACGACGGGCCGGACGGCAAGGUCGCCGAGGCUAUCAAGCGCAUAUCUGAAAGGGCUUCCUUUCGCAUCGCCGCCAUGGCAGGCGACAUUGCCGUCCGCCGUCAAACCAUCCGUGAGUCGGGCGCGGAGAGUAUUCACCCCGAGCCUACCGUCACCAUAACGCACAAAUCCAACGUUCUUUCACAAACCGACGGGCUCUUCCGCGAGGUAUCCAAGAGGGCCCUCGCGGACCCCAAAUAUGUGUCUGUUAAAAUCGAAGAACAGAUUGUCGAUUCCAUGCUUUACAAGCUCUUCCGGCAACCCCAGGACUACGACGUCAUAGUUGCCCCCAACCUUUACGGCGAUAUCCUCUCUGACGGUGCUGCUGCCCUCGUAGGCAGCCUCGGCCUCGUUCCCAGUGCGAAUGUAGGCGAUGGAUUUGCCAUUGGGGAGCCUUGCCACGGCAGCGCCCCGGAUAUCAUGGGACAUGGAGUUGCAAACCCCAUUGCCACUUUGAGAAGCGCCGCCCUUAUGCUCGAGUUCCUAAACGAGCCUGCCGCAGCUGCCAAGAUCUACUGCGCUGUCGACGCAAAUCUUGGCGAGGGCAAACUUUUAAGCCCAGAUCUAGGAGGUUCUGCUACUACAAUUCAAGUAGUAGAUGAUAUAUUAAGACGACUAUGA